GCUCUGCUCGCUGCGCUGGAUUCCGUUUAAGUGAACUGACUGACCCUCUGUCGAGGAACUGAGUUUGACGCUUGAGCUGCUUCAAGAUGACGAUGAAACUGGUUUACUGGGAUAUUCGAGGGCUCGCCCAGCCUAUCCGUCUGCUGCUGGAGUACACCGGCACCAAGUUUGAGGACAAAUUCUACUCCUGUGGAGAAGCUCCCAAUUAUGACAAAAGCUGCUGGUUUGAAGAGAAGGCCAAACUCCAAAUGGACUUCCCUAAUUUGCCCUACCUUGAAGAUGGUGACAGGAAGAUUGUGCAGAGCAAUGCCAUAAUGAGAUACAUUGCCCGCAAGCACAACCUCUGUGGAGAGACAGAAGAUGAGAAGAUCCGAGUGGACAUCCUGGAGAAUCAGGCGAUGGACUUUCGCAAUGGUUUUGUCAUCCUCUGCUAUAGGGAAUAUGACACUAAUAAGCAAGCAUACUUGAAGGCGCUGCCAGGAGUUCUUAAGCAAUUCUCUAACUUCUUGGGCGAGAGGAAGUGGUUUGCUGGUGACAAGAUCACAUUUGUGGACUUCAUCAUGUACGAGCUGUUGGACCAGCACCGCAUGUUUGAGCCCAAGUGCCUGGACGACUUCAAGAACCUGAAAGAUUUGCUGGACCGAUUUGAGGCCCUUGAGAAAAUAUCUGCUUACAUGAAGUCGAGCAGGUUUAUGAAGACGCCAGUGAACAACAAGAUGGCUAAAUGGGGCAACAAGAAGGAGUGAACAAAGUGUUCCUUUGUCAUAGUGCUUUGAAGAUUUGGUACUAGAAGUAAUACUAAUAGAAGACUAAUUUUUGCCAAAUGAUGUUUUACACCAUACACAACUCUAAAAUGCCUUAAAUGUAGCUGUGCACAGAACAGUUUGUAGUGAUCAGUGUACAUCCCAGUAAUAUAGUCGCCGCUCUUCACAUUAGGGUCAUUUUUAUUUUGUCAGUACACUAACAAACAAUACACUGCGAAGACCUUAGCACAGCACUUAUUUGAGUUAAAAGUUGUUCAUAGAGGAAGAAGGGCUUUUUUUGGGUCGUGGAGUGACUGACGAGCACUGUUGCUUUGUUAGACUUU